AUGACCUCGGCGCCCCAAUUUACGCGGGAUCCGACCUCGCCAUCAGUUCUGGAUUCAAGCACCAACGGGCAGGACAGAAUCGACCGCAACAGGCGCCAGCUGAGCUCGUCUACGGCGGCGAGUAGUGGUCACGAAUCCUCCUCGUCCUCAGAAGCUUCUACGACGACCGCAGAAACCACACCGCCUGCUAGCCCUGACAACAAAAUCUGCCCUUCAAACUCUGGCAUGACAGAUAAGCUUAGAGUAAGAUCACAUGAGGCACACAACUUCCGCAGAAGCCGCCUGGCGCAAGGAAUGGUUAAGAAUAAAAUGGGGCGAACACUUCCGCAGGCGACCAACAUGUACAAGCUGGUGUACAACUGCACUCUGGAGAAAUCCGCCAUGGAUUCUGCUAACAGAUGCUCCACAAUUCAAGAUCCAAACCUUCCCUCUGGUGUCGGAGAAAACAAUUACUUCUUUUCGAAAGAUGGUAUCAGCUCUGAGGUUGAAGCACUGAUAUAUGCUGUGAAAUACUGGUGGAGCUCGAUACGAAAGUAUGGUGGAAUGGGUCGCCAUGUUACUUACACAUUGUACAAUGAGCUCACACCGACAAAAUACUUUACCCAGAUGGCAUGGGCGACUACUCAACACUUUGGCUGCGCCGUUGUGUCAUGUGGGAACUAUUGGUCUACUGUGUGCCACUACAGCCCCAAG